GCUAAAUUCAAGAGCAAUAUUAGAAGAAACCCGUUGAAGAAAAGAGACGAGCUGACUCCACGAGUUGCAGAAGCAUACAGGUCAGUUACACCAAAAUACUGUAAAGUAUGGAUAAGAAAUGCUACCUCAUAUUGGGAUAGAUGCCUUCAAAAA